GGCCUCCCCUCCCCUCCCACGGCCCCUCCUCCCCAGCCUCACCUCCCACGGGCCUCCUCAAGACUUCAGCCCCACCCAGACCGCUGUCCUCAGGCCUCAUUGGCCCUUCAUCUCCCCAGUAACCAGGCCACAACAGUGAGCUUGGAGGACCGAGGACAGGUCAGGCACUCCAGCAGGAGUCCCACCCUCUUUGGACAAGAUGCCUUUGGAACACUCUGCAGGGAGUGCCCGCUCGGAGGAUGGAAGUGAUGCCUUCUUGGACGGAAUGGUGGAUUGGGAGCUGAGCAGACUACAGCGGCAAUGCAAAGUGAUGGAGGCUGAGAGGCGGGCAUACAGCAAGGAAGUCCACCAGCGCAUCAACAAGCAACUUGAGGAGAUCCAGCGCCUGGAGCGAGUGCGGGAUAAACUUCAGGUGCAGAUCAGAGUCGCCCAGAGCCAGGCUAAGCGGCUGCGAGAUAGUGAGAGGCUGGAGAACAUGAGCCAUCUGCUGAAGUGCCGGGUCCAAGUGCAGGCCGAGGUCAAGGAGCUACAGGAGCAGACCAGAGCCCUGGACAAGCAGAUCCAGGAGUGGGAGACCCGGAUCUCUGCUCCUAGUAAGGAUGUCAGGCCUUCCGGACUCAUCCUGGAUCAGAAGGUCAAGAUUCAGCGAAGGAUCAAAAUCCUAGAAGACCAGUUGGACAGGGUCACCUGUCGCUUUGACAUCCAGCUGGUACGGAAUGCGGCCCUGCGGGAGGAGCUGGAUCUCCUGCGCAUUGAGAGGAGCCGCUAUCUGAAUGUGGAUCGCAAGCUGCAGAAGGAAAUCAAGCUUCUGCGACACAUGGUCAGCUCCCUCAUGGUCUCCUCUGCAGCUGCCUACACUGUCAGGGAGGAGGCAAAGAGCAAGAUGGGCUUGCUACGGGAGAGGGCAGAGAAGGAGGUGGCCCAGAACGACACCGAGGUGCAGACUCUGCAGCGGCAGAUCGCGCACCUGGAACAGCUGCACCGCUUCCUCAAGCUUAAGAACAACGAUCGGCUGCCGGACCCCGCCAUCCUGGAGAAGCGCGAGAAACGCGCCCGGGAGGUGGCCGAAGGCCUUCGGAAGACCUCCCAGGAGAAGCUGGUGAUGCGCUGCGAGGAUGCCAUGAACAAACUGUCCCAGCUGACUGGGGAGAGCGACCCGGACCUACUGGUGGAGAAGUACCUGGAGAUGGAGGAGCGUAACUUCGCAGAGUUCACCUUCAUCAAUGAGCAGAACUCGGAGCUGGAGCACCUGCAGGAGGAGAUCAAGGAGAUGCAGGAGGCCCUGGGGAGCAUGCGAACCAGGGAGGGUAACCGGCAAGAGCAGGAAGAGCAGCAACGGAGGGACUUGCAGCAGCGCACCGAUGAGGUGCGCGAGGAGGCCCUCAGGGUAGAGGCUCGCUUCCAGGACCUUCGGAGACAGCUGGAGAAGCUCAAGACGGAUAUUCAGGAGCUCUUCACUAAGGCACAGUGUGACAGCACCAUCAUCCAAGACCUGCUGGGGGUCAAGACCCACAUGCGAGACCAGGACAUAGGCCUCUUCCUGGGUCUCAUCGAGAAGCGACUGGUGGAACUCCUGACAGUACAGGCCUACCUAGAUGUUCAGGUGGAGAGCUACACCUCCCCCAGCUUGGCUAACGCUGCCCUCCUGGUUCUGGGCCAGAGCCCAGAGGACCUUCCAAAGAAGAUGGCACUGCCUCAGCUCCCUGACAAUCAGGAGGACACCCCAGGCUUUGAGGCCAAAGAUGACUAUCCUAUGAGCAAAGAAGAGCUGCAGAACCAAGUGACGAAGUUGCUGGAGGUGCGAGAGCUGGCCCGGGAGCAGCAGCUGAAGGAAUUGGCUGAGGCCGUGAGGAAGGCGGACAGCUCCCUGAGUGUCCCCAGCAUCUCUGGUACCCAGAGAGUCACCUCGGGGACACCCACGGUGAUUGCUAGGAGCCCCAAUGCCAUCCCUGGGUCCAUCCUGGCAUCCAGUGGAGGCCGAGCCACCAGCUCCAAUGUCGGCCGUGUCACCUUUGGUGAGCCCAGCUCCAGCACGGGCCAUGUGACUUUCGGUUCUACCAGUGCCAAGGGAGCCCCACUCUCCAGCCGGGCCUCUACGGGAGGCCGCGUGACCUUCAGGACCCCCAGCUCUACGAGCUACCUGGGGUCCACUGGGUACUUGAGAUCCAGCAGAGGCCACGAAAGCCAUUCAGGUGCGGACAGCAGAGGCACCGGGUCGGAAUCAAGUGGAGGCCUCGGCUCCAGCAGAGGCCAGGUCUCCAGCCCCGGCCCCACCUCCAGCACCGACCCGGGCUCCACCACCAGCAAAGACUAGGGCGCCCACUCUGCCUGGGGCUUCUGGAUGGCCAUCUCGGCAUCUCUGCCUCAAGAUUGGCCCGUGACUCUCCAUUUCUCUCCCGGUGUUGGGCCUCUGUGAGUCUAGCACCAUAUCUGUCUGCACCCACCCUGCACCACAUCCCCAUCUGCUUCCACCCACCCCUCACUAUGUCCUCUGCUGUCUCCUGGUCCCUUUCUAUUCCAACCCUCCUUUCCCUGCGUCUCUCUCAGUCCCUGUUCUCCCGGCUUCUCGUUCAUGUGUUUCUGUCCUGCAACCCCCUCUCUCUCCCCAGCUCUGUACUAAGCCCUCCCAUUGUCUCCCUGCCUCCUGUUUCUGCUUCCACACUUCGAAUCCCCUUUCCCAGACUCAGGCUCUCCUUGUACCUCAUAUCCCUGUCUCUAUAGCUCCUCAUUCCUCGUGCUCCGCAGGAGCCCUCAGUAUGGCUGAGUAGUGGGGGAGGAAUUGGAGCAGUGAUGUCAGGGUCAGCAUGAGCUGUGACCUUAGGAAAUAAAGGUUAGAGCCUGA